CACUGCCUCUAAAAUGAGUCUCUCUGGGGAGAGAGAGGAGGAGACCACUGCCUCUAAAAUGACUCAAGACACCAGUUCUAAGAGUGUCCAGAAGCCCAGAGCAGAGUCACCUGUCCCCAGCCUGCUAUCAAUGAAGAGUGAUCAGCCACCUGCUUUCAGCCAGGAACCAUUACCAGAUGACAAUAAGGAAGUGGAGAGUUUGGACAGUGAGGAUGCAUUAAAGAUCACACACAACCUUCUGGACAGAAGAAGUCAAACUCUUCUGACAGUCCAACAAGACAUUAAGGCUAAACUGAAACACAAGUAUCAACACAUAUCUGAAGGAAUUGGACACCAUGGAAGUCUGUUAAAGGACGUCUACACAGAGCUCUACAUCACAGAGGGUGGAAGUGGAGGGGUCAAUUAUGAACAUGAGGUGAGACAGAUAGAGAUGGCAUCCAAGAAACAAACCACACAAGAGACACCAAUCAAAUGCAACGACAUCUUCAAGCCUUUACCUGGACAAGACAAACCUAUCAGAACUGUGCUUACAAAAGGAAUCGCUGGCAUUGGAAAAACAGUCUCUGUGCAGAAGGUCAUCCUUGACUGGGCAGAGGGAAAAGCAAAUCAGGACGUUCAUUUCAUGUUUCCUCUUCCUUUCCGUGAUCUGAACCUGAAAAAGGACCAAUACAGUCUGAUGCAACUUCUUUCCCACUACUUCUCAGAGCUGAAAGAGAUUGACAGCAUUGAAGAUGCUGAAACCAAAACUGUUUUCAUUUUUGAUGGUCUGGAUGAGUGUCGACUUCCUCUAGACUUCAAAAACAACGAGAAGUGCUGUGAUGUCACGAAGCCAACCUCGGUGGACGUGCUGCUGACAAACCUCAUCAAGGGGAAUCUGCUUCCCUCUGCUCUCCUCUGGAUAACCUCACGGCCUGCAGCAGCCCACUGUCCUUGA